AACGGACCUGCUGCGGUCACUCUGGGCACGAGGCUUGUUUAUUGGGCGAAAUUUAAUGAUUCCCUGUAAUCAUUUAGCAUUUGCGUGAGUUGCCAAACACAGGGCCUAUUUUAUAUUCCGUUUCGGCCAUACUCCGCCUACAACCGACUCGUCUAUAUCCAGACAAACACCCGCAGCAGCAGCCGCAGACGCAGUUCAUCCGUCACAGGGGCCGCGGGCAGAGCGCAAAACAGCAACCGCAGAAACGGAAAACAGAAACAGAAACCUCUUCGCUCCGAAAUCGUGAUCGAAGUCAAGUGAAUGAUUCGGGGAGCGUGUCGUCUACAUGGUAGUCGUAGUCGUAGUCGUGCAUAGUACCAGUACCAAGUACCAGAGUACCGCCGCAGCAGUGUCAAUUAGUAGUUUCGCAUAACACCACCUCACGCGUACACACUCAACAUACUCUACAGAGCACGAGCACCACCCCCCGAACAGCCGCCCACCCGUGUAUCGCGAUAUCCGUGUUAUACAACAAAAUUGUUCCGUAUUCCUCUGCCAUACGCCGGCUAAAAAUCAACCUCCCAAACAUCGGAAAGCCAUCUUCGCCCGUUGGAGCAGCUUAAUCGCAUUGGAGAAAGCGGCUCUACAACUGAAACUGGAACUGGAACUGUAGCUGUAGCAAGUGGUCCGGAUUAGCAGGUCAUCGUAAGAGGAGAAGCCGCAGCAAGGGCACCACCACCAGCUGCACCACUACCACCACCGGAUCCACCAUGAACAUAGACGACUACGAAUCGCUACCCACCACCAGUGUGGGUGUGAACAUGACGGCGGGCGCCAUUGCGGGCGUGCUGGAGCAUGUGGUCAUGUAUCCGCUGGACUCCGUCAAGACGCGAAUGCAGAGUCUUUCGCCGCCCACACAAAACAUGAACAUAUUGUCAACUUUUCGGAACAUGGUCACGCGUGAGGGCUUUUUAAGACCCAUUAGGGGAGCCAGUGCGGUGGUAUUGGGUGCUGGUCCGGCGCAUUCGCUGUACUUCGCCGCCUACGAAAUGACCAAGGAGCUCACGGCCAAGUUCACAACAGUGAGAAACCUCAACUAUGUGAUUUCGGGAGUGGUGGCCACCCUCAUACACGACGCCAUUUCUAGUCCCACGGAUGUGAUCAAGCAGCGAAUGCAGAUGUACAACUCACCCUACACAUCGGUGAUAUCCUGCGUCCGGGAUAUCUACAAAAAGGAGGGCUUCAAAGCCUUCUACAGAGCCUACGGCACGCAACUGGUCAUGAAUUUACCAUAUCAGACAAUACAUUUUACCACAUACGAGUUUUUCCAGAACACAUUGAACCUGGAACGGAAAUACAAUCCUCCGGUGCACAUGGCAGCGGGUGCUGCAGCUGGCGCCUGUGCAGCAGCUAUAACCACGCCCCUGGAUGUGAUCAAAACGCUGCUGAACACUCAGGAAACUGGACUGACGCGCGGCAUGAUCGAGGCCAGCCGAAAGAUCUACCACAUGGCCGGUCCAUUGGGCUUCUUCAGGGGCAUGACCGCCCGCGUGCUGUACUCCAUGCCCGCCACGGCCAUUUGCUGGUCCACGUACGAGUUCUUCAAGUUCUACCUGUGCGGCAUGGACGCCGAUCAGUACAAAUCGUCAAUUACGGGCCGCUCGGAGCCCCGCAAAGCGGACUACGUGCUGCCCAGGACCACGGAUGAGGAGCAGAGCGAUCAGGAUCGGGAGACGGCGAGGGAGAAGGACACGGCGGCGACCCUGCACUCAACGCCGACCUCGGUGAAUGCCGCCGGUGCCAUCAAGACGGUGUGUGAGCUGUCGACGCGACCCGCCGGGCCAACAAUCAACCUGCACACGCGGCACACGGACGUGAAGAGUCCAUACGAACGGGGCUUCUCCAGCACGUAGGCUGCGCCAGUGGGCGUGGCCGCGAGCGGGGCCUGCGUUCGAAACGUUUGCAGCAGCAGCAGCAGCAGGAGGAGCGACAGCUAAACCUAAGCGUAGCUAUUAGUUGGCGGUGGGGAUCGGGGAAGCUGGGAUGUGCGAUGGAUGGUGGUCACCGUUGGGCAGUUGUGGACGACACGGUGUUCGAAACGCCUGUCGAUCCGCUGAACACCGCCACUGGCCAUUGCCCCCCACUUUCAGCCCACCCGAACCCAGCUGCUUCUUGUAUGAAUACUCUGCGAGGAGUCGGUGAGAGAGUUUUAUCACUCCAUAGUCGGAGGUUAAAUCGUAGUUGUUGUUCUGCACAAAACUCUCGCUCUCACACACAACACGCAAAACUCCACAACACACACACACACCUAUAAACACCCUACACACACCUUACACCAUCCCCACACACACAAAACAGUUUUAGGCAAAAUGCGAAAUUCUUGUUAAAAAGUAUAUGCUAAUGAUAAUACUGUAUCUAUGUUAUUUCGAAAUGAGAGAACCUUCUUGUAAAAUACUAUUACCUACUAUUAUGUAUUACAACCUUUGAUUUACUACAUUUAUAUAUAUUUUUUUUAAAA